AUCUAUGUAUUGUUUCAGGUGAACGGACAGGACGUUUCAAACUCUAGUCACGAGGAUGCGGUGCGAUACUUCCAAUCGGCUCAGGAACCGAUCAUAGUUGAAGUACUGAGAAGGCAGCCUGGACAGCAGACGGCCGCGCAGACAUCCAACAAGGAACCGGAAACAAUAGACACUCUCCCAGUGGAAGAAAGGCCGGUGACCACCGAGAAUUGUAAAAAGGAUCCUGAAAGUCCCUUGGUGUCGACUGGGGUGCAAACCGACUGGGCUGGAUUAAUAGAAGAGGAAGAACUCUUACCAGGAGCAUUGAAUCCCGAGGAACAGACGAACGACAGCUUCGAGGACUUCUUGCCACACGACAUCGACUUUGAAGAGGUAACUCUACGCAGAAGCGGUAGCGCAGAGAAACUCGGACUGACAGUCUGCUACAGUUCCGGUUCUGGUAGCGAGGACGUGGAUACUGAAGUCUAUAUCUCUGAAAUAGUUCCUGAAAGUUUAGCAGCACGUGAUGGCCGAUUACGCGAAGGCGAUCAAAUACUGCGGGUUAACGGGAAAGACGUGGCGAAUAAGGAGCAGACUGAAAAUUUAUUCGCUGAGACGAAAAGUGCUGUGACUAUCCUUGUCAGCCGUUGUCUUUAUCAGGAUGAUGACUACGACGACCGACGUAUAUAUCAUCAGGGAUCUCCGCCUAUUUCGCCGGACAACAUUCCCGCCUAUCAGAAUAGCAUGAUUGAGCAAUUGAUUCGUCAGCAACAACAAACAGACGAUCGUACCAAAGAUUCUGAGCCGAACACCUCCACUCUAAAGGUUCCACCUCCGAUACCAUCUCAUACCACCUUGCACACAUCACACAUACAAGCACCACCACCGCCACCACCGAUUUCUUCAGGAACGAACUGCUCGACGUCCUCGUCAACGGCAUCGUCCCAAAAUUCUCAAAAGUCUGGAAAAACGACCACGUCCCCGGCUCACCACAAUACCGAGGAUCGCAAGCAAUGGAUGCAGGACACCUUGAAAGAAUGUACCAAGAAGAUGGAUAGUCUUAAUCUAAGAGCUCAACAACCUGGUCCAUUAACACCUCCGCUUAAUGUUAAGCUAGUCGAGGCUUAUUCGAGUCACGUAUGGAGUGACACGGAACACAUCUACGAGACAAUUCCUGAAUCUGAUAGUGAGCCUAUUUACUCGUCGCCUUAUGAACAUCAUCAGCAUUGGGUUCAGAAUCAAAGUAGUCAAGCUCAAAUUCAGAGUAGUCAAGUUCAGAAUCAGAACCAAGCAAAUCAGACCAAACCUUGGCACUCAUCUUCCAAAAGUAAUAGUUCAGGGGAGGAGAAGGACAGUUCCAGUGCAUACAAUACCGGAGAGUCCUGUCACAGUAAUCCUUUAACGUUGGAGCUGCACCAGGGUGAAAGGGAUCAUCACAAGAGUACAUUGGUGCUGUGUCCACCGAAGGUUCCUCAUCAGCCAAAAAUAAGUUGUUCCUGUCCCCAAUCCGUUACUCAGACGGGCAAGCUAUCAAAAACGCAACCAUCGAGAAAGAGUUCUCACCAUCAUCGCGACAGAGAUACUACAAAUGCCAGUACACUGCCUGCAGAUACUAUGUAUACGAACGUAGCGAAUCUUCAACAAACAAUGUUGCUCCAGCAACAAUUGUUCAAGCAGGCACUCAAUCGCAAGAACUCAAUCAUCACGAGAGAACCUGUUGCCAGGAAGUCGAAAUCCCAUGGGAACUUUCAAGCACCUAAUCUCACUCAGUAUCAGUUCGUUGGCAGUCAGCAGGUUUGCACCUCCACAACGACAUGGGAACCACCCGAGGACAAAUGCGAGGUACAGAUGGAAUGGAAAGUCAAGAGGCGACCCGACGGCACCAGAUACAUUGCUAGAAGGCCAGUUCGCAAUAGGAUUCUCAGAAACAGGGCUAUUAAAAUAUCUGAAGAACGCGCAGGACAUACUACAGAAGACGACACUAUGUCUGAGAUGAAAAUUGGGCGAUACUGGAGUAAAGAGGAGCGUAAAAGACAAUUGGAAAGAGGACGAGAACGAAAACAGCGACAGCAGGAAAUUCUGAUACAACAGCAACAGCAGCAACUACAACUACAGCAGGUCAACGAACUAUUGAUCUGCGAGCACACAGAGGAGAAAAUGAUUAAAAAACCUCUGAAUAUAGUCGAAUUAAGUUAUAAAAAAAUGGCGCGCAAGAAGACCGCUCUGGACGACUUCACCACUGUCCAGGAAAUGCUGGUACAUGGGAAUAGGGUUGGUACCGGUAGCGGUCCAGGUACAGGUGGAAAACUCAUGGGUCUUUUAUCGGUAACCACAGUGUAAAAUGUCAAAACCAACUGCGACGUAGGGUCAUAGUAAGCUCCACAAUUUUGCUACUACCGUGUUGGAUGCAGGAACAAUAUAUUUUUAAAAUAUAUUCCCAAGGGAGCAUCUGCGUGUAAAAUAAAAUUCGCAUGCUAACCGCAAAAAGAGAAAGGGAAUUAAAAAUUACGAGAUUAGUACUGUCGCUUCGGUGAGAUUAUAUAUAAGUUCAUCCUUCAUGAAUAUUGAAGCGAUGCCUAAAAAAAAAAACGAACAAACUUCUGAAAUAUGGUGAAAAUUUUGUCCUUUCUACCUGUCUCCACUAUGAUCUUUCUACGUUUCUUCAUACGCAUACGCAUGACACGUUCGUUCAUUUACUAUCAGACAAUUUCCCUCCUUGCAUACGACAACAGCAUGGUAGACGCCAGUGUAUACCAAAUUACAAAUUAUUACAUUAACGUCACGUUGUCGAAUAUCCUUACACCUUUGUCACAAAUUAGGAUCUGUGCACCUAGUUGUAAAUAUUUACAAUACAAACAAUAGAUGAUAGGCGAUUUUACAUGAGUUUCAUAUUCUUAGGACGAGGAACAAUACUAUAGGUAUAGGCUUGUAGAUAUGUACCAUAAACGUAACCGCGAUAUAAUGUAAACGAAUACAUUAGUGUCAUAUGUGCUUCAUCGAGAUGAAUAUAUUUGUAUCAAAGGCAGCAUCGACUGUACCGAUUGAUUGAGAGAUACGUUUCUUGUUUCUCUUCUUAAGAGUCAACUAAAUCCCAUGAAAUUUGUACACUGUAUAUAAUCACAUUUUGUAUACUAAUAAUUACGAAUUUUAUUUACGAAGAAAAUUUAAUUCUGCUGAAUAUUCUUUUUUUUUUCCUAAAAAUCACCCCGUUAGCUAUCUUUCGGAUGGUUGAUACUCUCUUAUAUGUACUUUGUGGCAUCUCUACUUGUGAAUAUAUAACAAAGCAUGUCAAUAAAACAUUAAUGUUGAGACUUAUCGAUAAAAAGACACGCACAUCGUGCCUGAUGUGUCGAGAAACCUUGAUACGACUUUUUAUUGAUGCGUGAAGUGUUAAAUUACGAGAUGAAUCGUAUCGCCGAUUAUUUACCUAAAUUUACCUAAAAUUGCCUGUCACUUCGAGCGCGCUGGAAGAUGUGUUAAAUACAUCGUUGUUGAUAGAUGCUAUAUAUAUAUAUAUAUAUGGUAUAUCGAUGUAGAAAUAAAAUGUCUAUAACCUAGGAGACACAAGAA